AUGGAUUCUGAAUCAAAGAACAGUUUCAUAGGAAGCUUUCUUCAGCCACCAGAUAAGAUGCUUCCUGCAGCCUUUGCUUAUGUAGAAUCAAAGAAGUUGGCAGCUGUUGGUGGUGACAGGCCUUCUAUCCCCAAUAACCAAGCUGUGGUGGCAGCCCUGAAAACUCUUCAAGAAAAGAUCCGCCAUCUAGAGUUGGAGAAAUCACAAGCUGAAGAUAAUCUGUGCAGCCUCUCCAUAGCAGCAGCUCAGUAUAAGAAGGCCUUAGAGCAUGAAUCCUACAAAAAGGACAUAGCACAUCAAGAACUGAUGCAACAGAGGAAAGAUGUAAGUGUGCAGUUAAACGCAGCACAAUCUCGCUGCUCCCUGCUGGAGAAACAGCUGGAUUACAUGAGGAAAAUGGUUUCCAGUGCAGAACUGGAAAAGAAAAUUGUUUUAAAACAACAGGCCCAGAUUCAGAAGGAGGAAGAUCAGAACUGGUUGGAACUGCAUGCAAAACUUGAAAAGCUUGAAAUACUAGAGAAAGAAAAAAAGUGUCUUAAACUUACUGCUACUCAGAGAAUUGCAGAAGACAAGAUCAAACACUUAGAAGAAAAAGCAGAAAGCCUAGUAUGCAGAUUUUAUCUUCUGAGAAACAUACUUCAAACAGGAUUUGAGAUAAACAGAAUUUUGAUGUCUUCAGUACCAUCUCAAAAGGAACCCAAAAAUGAAAACGGGAAGGAGAAAAAAACUAAGGAGAGAAAGCCUACAAUGAAGAAAAUGCGCCUUUCACAAUUACAUGUAAAGGCUGGUGAACUACCUUUUGUGGCUGGGAAGCAUUGCAAUCCACGUAUUUCGUCACAAAGCCAAAGAGCAGCUACAACUGGGGUUUCAGGACGCACUGCACUUUCAAAAUCUGGAUCCUCUUGUUCCACAUCACCUGUUGCCACCAGAAGUCUUUCAGACCUUCUGUUAGCCGUACAAGAUGAGCUGGGCCAAAUGAGCUUUGAGCAUCAAGAACUUCUGAAGCAAAUACAGGAGAUUCAAGACUCCAAAGUUCGUGAAGACCUAGAACGGCAGCUGGAUUGCCUUCUAAAACAAAUGGAGAUUAAAGGAGAACAAAUAUCCAAGCUGAAGAAGCGUCAGGCUACUGUGCAGAAAUUAAAGAGAAAAACUCAGAAAUUGAAGCAAGGUGUAGCUCAUGUUGAACUACAGUGUGCUGACCAAAAAGAGGCAAAGGAGAGUGCAGUCACUGUAAGGGAAAGUGUGUCUAAAUCUUGUCCUGGGCAUAAAAGCAGAAGCUGUCUUCAGCUGCUGAGAAAUGUGCGGAAACUUCAGUCAACACUGAAAAAAGAUGCCAUGUGGGAACAAUAG